AUGGGUGACAAUAAAUCAGAUGGGGUGUUUUCCCCGGUUGAUCGCGGAAAACCUUCAGUAUCUUUUGAUAAUUUUGCCAACCGAGUGAUUGAUGUUGAGGGUAAUACUUGGAAGCCUCGCAGGGGUACAGUUCAGAUGCCUCAAACUGAACCAAGGAAACCGAACAUUCUUGAAGAACUGUUCAGUUCGUCUGUCCAAGCCCCUGUGGAGAUUGUGAGGCCAGAGACUACAGUUUCGGAAAAUCUGGAAGAUAGUGCAAACAUCCAGGGGAAUCGUAGUGAUGGUGGUAACAACUCAAAACCGAUGUCAUAUGUAGAUUCGGUUUUAGCAGCCAAACCUGUUAAGGUAAAUUUCAGAUCUCUUGCUAGCCCUGUUACGUAUGAGGGGUGUGAUGUGGUACUUCCUCGUGAUUCGGUUAGAGCAGUUCAAGAAAAAUUAGCGAACACUCUGUAUGGUUACUUCCUAGGGGACAGAGUUGCAUAUCCGGUUGUGGACUAUUUUGUGAAGAACCAGUGGAAGAGGUUUGGAUUACAGAAAUCAAUGAUGAAUGCUAAUGGGUUCUUUUUCUUUAAGUUUGCUGAUGAAGCUGGUAUGUUGAAUUUUCUUAAAGAAGGUCCUUGGAUUAUCCGAUCUCAGCCUAUGUUUUUGCAUAUUUGGUCUCCUACUUAUAAGUUAGAAAAGAAGGAAGUAAAGAAGUUGCAAGUGUGGGUUAAAAUCCAUGAUGUUCCGAUUGCUGCGUAUACGGAGGAUGGAUUGAGUAUGAUUGCUACGGCUAUUGGUGAGCCUAAGAUGUUGGACACGUACACUUCAUCUAUGUGCACAGAUAAUUGGGGAAGGAGUAGCUACGUGAGAGCGUUAGUAGAAAUUUCAGCUGAAAAUGGGUUUAAGGAGGAGAUAGUUAUUGCAGUUCCAGAGUUGGAGGGGGAAGGCUUUAGUAAAGUGAUUUUGUCGGUAGAAUAUGAAUGGAGUCCUCUUAGGUGUGCUCAUUGUAAGGUGUUUGGUCAUUCAGAUGAUUCUUGCCCGAGACAGCCUAGGAGGGCUCCUAAGGUGUGA